CAUGGGCAGGAUCACCUUCCACACACAUCUUCAUACCAGCCACCACGCUACCAACAAUCCUCCUCCAUGAAAGCCCACCUCCAUCACAGCAAGCAGAAAAUCCAACACGCCAACCAUCAACCUCCGCACAGACCUAACACUGCAUAGCCGUGUUUUAGGAGUGUUAGGACGUGAUUAGAGAGGAUCUACUUUGAGUGUUCAUGGAGUUUCGCUAUAAGAGGAAUCAGUUUACCAAAAAUUCUUCAUGAAACCAUCCAUUUAUCUCAGGGAACAUUUAUGAAGUAGAGUCAAAUAGAUUUACAAAUAAGAGAUGAUUGAUUCCUUUGAAUGAAAUAACCUUAUUUCAAAUUGCCCUAAUGUGGCCUAAUAAGCAAAAUUACUGGUUAUAUUUUGGACACAUCUCAGUAGAGGUUCGGGGGAGAAAAUAGAAGAAGCAGAGAUGCUUACUUACUUCAGAGGGGCCACUGCUCGCCACCACCACUUCAUGGCUGUGCCCAUUUCACUUGCCCAAGCCACUCUCUUCUCCAAACCCUCCAUUUUACUCCACAGAAAUGCCAUCAAUGGCUUCUCCUUUUUCAUUCCUUUCUCCUCUUCUUCUGCUCAGAAGAUUCAGACUCACAAGUGGAGGCAACCGGUGGUCUCGGUUCUGGAUCUUGGUGGAGUCAAGAUUGGCAGAGAUGAUGUGGUGAGGGAUGAUCCUACAAACAAUGUCCCGGAUGCAAUUUUUUUGAAACUUGGAAUGCAGCUUCACAGGAGGGAUCAACACCCAGUUGGAAUUCUGAAGAAUGCAAUAUAUGAUUAUUUCAAUGCCAAUUACUCUAACAAAUUUGAUAAGUUGGAUGACCUUUGCCCAAUAGUCUCCACAAAAGAGAAUUUUGAUGAUGUCUUGGUUCCUCCUGAUCACGUCAGUAGAAGUUACAAUGAUACAUACUACAUUGACUCCCAAACUGUCUUGAGGUGCCACACUAGUGCUCAUCUAGCAGAGCUAUUGAGGAGGGGACACACUCAUUUCCUUGUGACUGGAGAUGUUUAUCCUAGAGAUUCCAUUGAUUCAACUCACUACCCUGUUUUUCAUCAGAUGGAAGGUGUUCGUGUCUUCUUUCCAGGUGAUUGGGAGACAUCUGGAAUGGAUGGCACGUCUUAUGCGGCUGAGGAUUUAAAGAAAUGUCUUGAGGGUUUGGUGCAGCACUUGUUUGGUAAUGUGGAAAUGCGCUGGAUUGAUACAUAUUUCCCUUUCACCAACCCAUCAUUUGAACUUGAGAUAUAUUUUCAGAGGUAGAAGAAGCACCUACAACACUAAUGAUGGAGUUACUUCAGGAAACAUGACUUUCAUUCCUGUAAAAAUGGCUAAGACAUUUCAAUUUUUUGACCACUGCACAAAAACCAUGUUUUCUUAAUUUCUGAAGGAGUUGUAUUUUUUAAAUAAAUUUUAUACAUAAACAACACUUGAUCUCAAGAUCAACUCAAGUAAUCCAUGUCUAAUAAAAGGAUGUGAGAUACACCCUCCUCAACUUGAAGGAGUGUGAGCCAAUUGAAUAAGAGUGUUUUGAACAACUUGAAGACAAGCUAUACUAUAUGUUGUACCAUCCUUUUUGAUGGAACUCAUGAAAGGCUAGUGGAUAUGAGUCUUUGAGGAAUGAAUUAGGCUCAAUGCUGUUGUAUAUAAUUUAGAGUAGAUAUUUGAAAUGUAUGGAUAUUAUUUGUAGUACCAUCAUGGAUAUGAGUUGUGAUGUUUA